AUAUAUUUUAAAUAGCUAAACCCUUGAAUGAGUAGGUGUGUUCUAAAACUUUUUGACUGGUACUGUGUAUAUAUAUUUAUGACCUCACAACUGGGAAAUAAGAGAUUCCAGGGAGCAUUUGAAGGCAGCAUUCUGGUACUGCAUUUGAGUUGUCAGUGGUCUGUAUAUGCCUCUGUAAAGGUGACGAGGAUGAAUUCUGCCUGGAAACAACCUGAAAGUCUACACAACGUCCUUUUUUUAAAGUCUACUUCCUGACAGACCGAGAGAAGCACAAUGACUAUGUACUGACUCCAGUGAGCGUAGCCUUGCUAUUGAGAAAGGCCGCCGUAGGCAGACUAUGUGCACACUGCCCACAAAAUGAGGUGGAAACUGAGCUGCACUUCCUGACCUCCUGACAUAUAUUUCCCUCAGAUUACGCAGACCUACAAAGAAUAUGAAAAGCAAAUCCAACCUUGAUAAACUCCCAUAUCUACUGGGUGAAAUACCACAGUGUGUCGUCACAGCAGCAAUAUGUGUGACCUGUUGCCACAAGAAAAGGUCAACCAGUGAAGAACAAACACCAUUGUCAAUACAACCCAUAAUUAUAUUUAUUUUCCCUUCUGUACUUUUAACUAUUUGCACAUCAUUACAACACUGUAUAUAGACAUAUCACAUUUGAAAUGUUUCUAUUCUUUCGGAACUGUUGUGAGGGUAAUGUUUACUGUUCAUUUUUUGUUUAUCUAUUUCACUUGCUUUGGCAAUGUAAACAUAUGUUUCCCAUGGCAAUAAAGCACUUUGAAUUAAAAUUCAAAUUGAGAGAGAACCACAGAGAGAGAGAGAGAGAGAGUGAGCAUCCUGUCAGAGGGGAGGGCCAGGGUUGUGUUUCAAUAGUCUUAAGCAGCUUUCUCUCCCUCGUCUGUCUCUCCUUCAUCAAUCAACUGAACAGAUGAAAACAGAACUUUGUCAGCAUCCAUCCACUACAGCUCUCAGACUCAACUCUAAUCAGGGGCCUGAUUUAGACCUGGGACACCAGGUGGGUGAUUUCCCCUCUAAUCAGGGACUGAUUUAGACCUGGGACACCAGGUGGGUGAUUCCCCUCUAAUCAGGGACUGAUUUAGACCUGGGACACCAGGUGGGUGAUUUCCCUCUAAUCGGGGCCUGAUUUAGACCUGGGUUAUAUUAGUAAUCAGGUAGAAGAGAAAACUGGAGUUGGUAGGGUCAGAGUUCAGUACCUACAGUAUAUUGGUUUAAUCUAAUAUGAGGAUACAGUACAGAGAAGAGGAGAGUAGAGGAGAAGUCACUGUAGUCUACUAAGAGACAGCCCAGCCCAGCUAGGGGUUUGUGGUCUGUGACUCAAUUCCUGUCAGAGAGAGACGCUGAGGAGAAAAAUACUUGACUUUCGUCUCUACACGUGUGACAGACUUGGUACUGUCCAAACAUUGUGAUAAAUCAUCAAUAUGCCAUCGAUCUGCAUUCAGCGCUAUGUCCUGGGCCUCCUGGUGCUCAUGGGGUCCAGAGCUGUUGGAGAAAGCAGCAUAUACAUCAACCUCACCUCCACCCCUACUGAUACCCCCUCUACAGCCAGCCUGACCCCCUCUACAGCCAGCCUGACCCCCUCUACAGCCAGCCUGACCCCCUCUACAGCCAACCAGACCCCCUCUACAGCCAGCCUGACCCCCUCUACAGCCAGCCUGACCCCCUCUACAGCCAGCCUGACCCCCUCUACAGCCAGCCUGACCCCCUCUACAGCCAACCAGACCGCCCAGACUACGUCAUCAGGGGUGACAGCCCUCAGCCAAUCACAGGGCAGGGAGACCACUACGACCACGGAAACCACAACAUCAUUACCAGUUUCAGCCUACAGAGGAAGUGACAUUGCAGGCUAUGUAAUCCUGUUCCUCAUAUUGUUGGCUGUUGUGUGUCUGGUGGUGAUUCUCUAUAUCCUGAGGAAGAAGUCCAGGAGGUACUCGUUUGACCUGCAGCAUCCAGGUUAUGACCACGACACCCCACUCACCUGCGUGGAACAACCCGGAACCUUCGAACUCAACAACGAUCAGGAGAUCCGGGAGUCUGAGAGAGAGUGUGGUGAUGAGGAGCCCCAUGCUAUGAGCCCUGUAGCUAACGGCUCAGCUAUGGGUGCUGGAGAGACUAGGUCUACAGGGGAGAACGAAGGAGAGAAGCAGGCUCAUGGUGAUAGUGAUGGAGACAGCUUCAACAACUUCUGUGCCACUGAUGUCACUCUGACUCCGCCCAUAGAAAGGGUGGGCUUUAGCCUGGACCUGGACUUGAGUGACAAGAUGUUACUCGGCUCCAGCCCUGACCUUUGACCCCUGUAUGUCCAGAUGAAGUCUUCACUAAGAUCAGGACGUAUAAAGCACCUUUAUUUGAUCUGUAAAAUGUCCGAAUGUAAACCGCUCCAAAUAAGUUUUUACUUUCCGAUACCGUUAAGUUCUUGAUUAUACAUUUUUUGUUAUUCAUUUUAAUAAUGUUUUGAGCGUGACAAUACCAAGAGAGAGAUGUCAUGUGGUUUUAGAAUAAAAAUAUACUUCACAGAG